AUGGCACGUUGUACAGUCUGCUUUGCGGAAGGCGCGAAAAAGUGCCGCGACUGUAAAUCAAUUUUCUACUGUCCCGACAACUGUAAGAAGUCCGACGGCUACUUGCAUAAGUGUGGCAAGUUCACCAUAUUUGCCACUCAACAUCCUCGGCCAUCUAACGAAGCGCUUCUAGUCAUCAAGCUCGAGAUCGAUUCCCAUUUCCCGAAACUUGAUUGGGUUCAAGGAGGAGCGGCCUGGAACAUGCAAAUUGUAAAGCAAGGAAAUGAAUUCAACAACCCGAGCAAGAUCGACUAUAUUGACGUUGAGGAGCCUCGAUUGGUGGCGGAGAAGAGAAUCCACGAGCACGCAAUCCCUUCUCUUACGAACCUCGAGGAUACUGUAGCAAUCCACUACCUCGACACUUCAAAGGACAGAAGCCAAACUUCCGCUGAUCUUCACUUUGCUGCGGACUUCUUCAAGUCAUUCGGUGGGAGCAAAGGGGCAGUACUGGCCGAGGAUUAUCGGGCCGCCAUGUUAGCUAGCGAAGGGGAUACAUUCAUGCAGGGUGCACCUAAGUAUUCUCUCGCCGUAGUCUCAAACGGACACCCACUCUUCCGCGGCAAAGCAACCCCAAUCUCGACAGAAGUCAAGGUUCCGAUGGUCACAUGCGGAUACAAUACAACCCUUACAACCCUCUCUUCCUCCACGCCAGACAAGGAAUGGAGCCCCCAUAGAAAUCCCUCAGCGCUGGCUAUGAAUCUGGAUAUUAGCACCUUGAGCAAGAAUUGGGUUUGUGUGGACAAGACGGUCUGGCCUAAGAACAGUGUGGGAUAUAUUCUGGUGGGCAAAGAGGACGGCCGGGGCGUUACUGAGAAACAUCUUGAGGUUAUAGCUGAGUUCUGCAUCCGCAUUCAACAUCUCUUUUUGGGGGAAAUGAAGGAGGAGUUGGGAUUGGAAGGAGGGGAGAAAAGUGCAACGAGGUUGAGGUUUGUGCAGGAACAUGUGAAUAAGAAGAAAUUUGAGAAGUUCUUCAAGGUGUAUAAGGAGAAGAGAUCUCAGAACGGAGAUAGAUCCUGGGACAAGACGUUCUCCUCGCCCAACACGCAGUUUAUUGUCACUUUCAAGACCACAGCCCGCAGCCACCUUUACAGCGCUUCAGACAUCUACAUCUUCUUCAACCCCGAUAAGGCUUUUCUGGUCACGCCAUCCAAGACUCUACAUCACCACGAACUUUAUCUUGGACAGGCGUACGUUCUCGUUGACAACACCUCUUCAAUUCCGAGCCAGUUUCGAAAACUGCUUGGACUUCGUCUAGAACUAUCGUACUAUUUCGGCUACCCUUCUUGCGACAUCACCAAAAUUCAACGAAAUUUCGAACAUUCCUCCCUAAUACGCCUUCAACACCCCAGAUCAUUCGGUUUAUCCUCCUUGACGAUACCAUCAAGUUUCCUCGAGCUUACGAAUUUUGUACACGAAUCCACCUUCAUUGCCUCAACGGUCACUGUCGCUUCACUUGACAAUAUGCCUCCUCUUCGAUGUACCGUCUGCAAUGCCAGCAAUGCGACGGAGUGCUCUAUCUGCAAAUCUGCUGCAUACUGCUCUGAGAGGUGUAAGAAUGACGACGAGAGACUCCAUCUGCUGGUCUGCAAGCAAUUUGCUGCUUUUGUCGACAAGAAUCCUCGCCCUUCGGAGAAGGCAUUCAUUGCGAUUAAGCUUGAGCCGGAGUCGAAGGUUCCCGAACUGAUCGUAGAGAUGGGUGCCUCUUUCAAUCAACCGGUCAAGCACACCUUCCUCGGCGACGAUGACCCACGACCCAACGAAGUCCGAAUCACUUCUCACUCAACCCCGAAGUUUGAUCUUGAUCAUACCGUUGCCUUCAACUUCCGUGAUGCGUUCUUCUACGAUGGCUCAAAGACCAAUGAAUGUGUCGCCAAUAUGGCGAAUGGCAAGCAUAAGCACCGCUGGUGUGGUCGACUCAUCGUUCUUGCCUGGCCUGGCCUCAAGCUUGAGACAAAGGUCUAUCAAGAUGUCACUGCUGCUGAUCUCCAUUACGUUACGGACUACUUCAAGUCUUUCGGUGACGGUCUCGGCGUUAAGGAAGAGCUGAAGAUUGGUGACCAGCCUGUCGACUUCGAGAAGGUUACCGAUGUUUCGAGGAUGAUGCAGGACCUUUUCGUCGACGGCAGAGUCAGGGACCAAAUUUGGGGCGUUGUCAUCUCCUGCAAAGGUAGCCGAAAGUUCCGUGGCAAGCCGAGAUACGCACCCACCUCCGUCAUCGCACUACAUGGUAUCUUUCGGUUGAAGGCAACGGAGCUCUCGAAAGCUAUGAAGCUUCCAUUCAUGACAUACAAGCAGCUCGCUGCCCCGCUGAAAUAUAAUGGCCCCGGUUGGAACCCGUUGGCAAACCCAGUCGCCUCGGCUAUGAACCUUAACCUCCAAGUCUUGAGCGAUACCUGGGGAGGGGUGGAUAAGAAGAUGUGGGAUGAUGUUGGUGAUAUCAUUGUUGCGAGGGAGGAUCACAAGGACAUUACAAUGCAGCAGGUUGAGGCUAUUGCCCAAUUUGCUCUAAAGGUACAGAAACUUGUUACUAAGCAGGUCAUUGCGGAGCUGGCAGACUCUGAGAAUCAGGACAAGAAGGCCAAGGCUGCAUUGCGAUGCAAGUUUCUUCAGGAGGAAGUCUCUAAGGAGAAGUUCGAGAACUUCUUCGUGAAGUACAAAGUUGACAAGAUUAAGAAGAAAGACAAGACUUGGCGCGGAGCUGUUUCUCCUUAUUUGAUGGGAUGCACAAUCUUGUGGUCAGUCUGA